UUUGUAAUGUCAAAAAAAAGUCGAGCAUUCCACAAAAACAACGCGCAUUUUCUUCAUCCCGCAGUAAUAUUUUUCCUAAUUGUGAAAUUUUCCAUGAAUUUUCUCGUUUUUCCGAUUAUAAUCGCUUGUCGUUAGAAGUGUUGGUGCUUAUCUAACAAUUUUUGAUGAAAUUUGCACUGCUUAACAACAAUGGGCAUCCGCAAGUGCUUGAUUAAAGAGUGCCCUUCGAGCUCGGCACGCAAAGAAGACCGCGGUGUGACGUUUCAUCGUAUUCCGGCCAAAGAGGAUGUGAAACGGAUGUGGAUAGAAGCUUGCCGGCUGCCGGAAAAUUACAAGAUAAACAAAAGUAACAAUGUGUGCAGUCGACACUUUAAGAAGGCGGAUUUUCAAGAUUUCAAAGGAACCAAGUACGUACUGAAGAACGGCGCAGUUCCGACGAUUUUCUCCUGGUCGGUUGUUUCCACUCCGAAAAGGGAGAUCAAAGAGGAGGAACCGAAUAAAAAAGAGGAAGUCAAGAUAGAGUCAACUGAAGAAGUGGACGAGAAGGACAAACCAGUCGAAGUGAAAAUAGAACAAGAAUCGUUAGAAUCGAUAGAAGUUAAGAAUGAUCCGGAAGAAAAGAAGGAUGAUGAAAAGCCUAACGAUAGCAAAGAAGAGAAGGCGGAAGCACUUGAGAUUAAACAUGAAGUGGCCGACGAUGAUGUAGUUCUGAAAGAAGAUGCUUUGGUAUCGCCAUUGAUUGCUCCAAAGAAAAAAACACCCGCAUCUAAAAAAAAGGCCACUCCCAAAAGGGCAUCUUCCGCCAGGGCAAUAGCUAAUUCCGCGAAAAAGGCACGACGAAGUGAUCCAGCGUUAUCGUCACCCACAGGCAAGGACAGUAAGAAGGCGCCAGUGUCGCCCAGAAAAUCAAUGCCCUCGGUUACAGGUGGUGCGCAGUCGCAAAUCAAUUUCACUCCGGGGACAAAAAUUGAAGCGCAGGAUUUCGCCGGUAAGUGGCACCCGGCUACGCUUUUGGAGGUGGACACCGAAGAGCGAGAAGUACUGGUCCAAUUCGACAAGAACGGGGGGAAAAACAAAUCCAAUCUGAACGACGAAUGGAUUCCGAUGGAUAGUGUUCGCUUGAGACCUCUGCAGCAACCGAAGACCCCGAACGAAAAGAUCAAAUAUUCGAUUGGGGAGAAGUGCUUUGCUCGCUGGAGUGAUUCUCGUAAAUUUCGGGCAACAAUCCAAGCGAUACUGGAGAACGAUAUGUACGAAGUUCUGUUCGACGAUGGUUUCGUAAAAGUGUGCAAAGUAAGUCACAUCAGCAAGUCUAAAAAACUGGAGGUGGCUCCAGAGCUGGAUGAUACUUUGGGCACGCCGAUCAAACAAGAAGAAGAAGCCGGCGUUGUGGAACCCACGCCAGCGCCAGUGACACCAAUUGCUGGGCUCCAUAUUCCUCAGGUGGCAAAGGUCAGUGACUAUCCGGAGAUUCCCAAAACGGGCGAAUGGUGCUGCCACUGGAUGAACGAUUUCCCCAUCGGAGAAGAAGCGACUGUGGAGGUGGGAGGUGUGAAGAUUCACAGCGUAAUUGUGGCUGAUUGGCGCCUGCCAGAGGGAUGGGUUAAACAUGUGUACCAAAGAAUCACCGCUUUUGGAAAGGUGGACGUUCUGUUGGCUAAUGCAGAUGGUAAAGUAUUCCGAUCCCGCCUAGAACUAAAAGCUUUUCUAGCUGAGAAGGGUGAAACUUACGAUACUAACGUAUAUGACUUUGGCCUGCACAAGAAGCGGGCAAAGGACUUGGGUUUCUGUCACUACACACAAGAGUACAAGGAUGCAUAUCUUCCUCUUCCGGUACCAGCUGAACCGGUUCUACUAAAUACGGAAAUCAAUAUCGGCUCAGUUAAGGUUAAGAUUAUUGACAACCUGCUCCAGUGCCCAGAGGAGGACUGUCUGAAGACCUUCCGCAAGGAGAAUCAUUUGCAAAUUCACAUCAAACAUUAUCACAAGGAGCUGGCCAAAGGAUUGGGAGAGAUACCCAACAUGCAGGAUUUGGCCUCACUGCGUACCCCAGUUGAAAUUAUUGAUACUCCGCCGAAGAUGAGCCGGCGUAAAUCGGUCACAGCGUCCACCUCCAAAACAUCUCUGAAGGAAGAGUUUAAACGCGAAGAGCUGGAUAUCAAAGCAGAACCGGGAUUGGAGGUUGAUGAAAAAGGCGAAGGCAAGAGUGAGGAAUCAUCAGAAACUGUUCUCAAAAAAGAGAAACUCGAUUCGGGCGAUAAAGCGCCAGAUUCCACUAAUGCUACGGAUCCAAGUCUGGAUAAAGUCAAUACAAACGUUCCAGUGGACGGAGCUACAUUGGGCGCGUUCGAUGCAGAAGAAGCCAUUGAAUCGCUAGCGGUCACCAAAACGGCCAGCAAGGGUCCUACCAAGAUCAAAAUGUUCUCUAGCAAGAAGAAAAAGUACACCAAGAAGUCCAAAAUCGCUGGAUCGAUUGUCAAGGCGGCCUCGGCGGCCAAGAAGAAAAAGAAGAAGCGAAAGCUGAACAUCUCGCGGGCGGCUAUGGACUACAUGGAAGCGGACGAUACCCGGCACUCAUUCGCAACGGUCGGCAAUGACAGCUUUUUCCGGCAUGGAUAUAACUUCGACAAGGACACCGAGAACAGUCAGAUGACGAACGCUAGCAUCUGUGGUCAAUACGGAGACGAUUCCAUUAACGCGGCUGUCAGCAGUCCUAGGUUUAUUAACGAAAAUGGAGAAGUCAUCAAAAUCGUUUCAAUGAAGAAGGAGGAGAUUAUCAAUUGCCUGUGCGGAUAUGGCGAAGAGGACGGUUUGAUGGUUCAAUGCGAACUGUGUCUCUGCUGGCAACAUGGUAUUUGCAACGGGUUCGAGAGAGAUACACAAGUUCCGGACAAAUACGUUUGCUACAUCUGUCGGAAUCCGCAAGGCGGACGAGAAUCUCGCAAAUAUAUCCACGAUCAGGACUGGCUGUACGAGGGUAAACUGCCGGUGGCCAACUACCAUGUUCCCGGUUCGAAGAAUGCAUCGCGGUUUGACAUUUUGAAGCAAAGCCACACAUUGGGAGGAAAUUUACUCGAGCUAAAGCGGUUCAUGCAUAGUCUGAAGGUAAAAAUCAACAUUGCAGAAAAGAAAGACCACCCCAAAAUGUAUCUGUGGUCGAAAAAAUGGGAAAGCAGUCCACCCCGAGGUGGGAAUGGAGAUCUCUCAGGAAUCGUUCCAUUGAACAGUUCCUUCACAUCAGCUGGUACGCCCCAGACAAUAAUGAAAACCGAACAGAAACAGGCCAAUAUGCCGCACAUUCCUGUUCCGGAAGCACCGAUCGAUCCAGCCGAAUGUCAAGCAAUUCUUCUGGAGCAUAUUCAGAAGCAGCAGAAUGCAGCAAUGGCUCGAUUGCAAGCAAUAGAAGCCCAAAUAAUCGCUCUGGAAGCGUACGAUGACAGAUCGGAACUGCUGGAAUCGCCCACGGCCAAGAAUUAUCCGAAGACGAAGCAGACAAUUCACAUGCUGCUUAACGAUUUGGACAAAAUGAAGAAAAUUUCCGCUAUUCAUCGUAGCGCUCAGCAGCCACCAACUUACUAAUCUUUAUUACAUUUAAGUCAAUGUUCGUUCAAUAGAGAAUGACGGGCGUUAAGAUUCGCUUCAA